CACUGUUGAAGUCAAGGAAUGGAGGACCUAUCCCAAGAUCUGCGUGACCUGGAAGCAAUUCUAAGUGAACAAAUGGGCAUGCCUAUGCCAGUUGACCCCCAUGUCCAGGCCACACAGGCACCACAGGCAACAGGUGAAACGCAUAUAGCCCCUCACCAAUACAUCUCAGAGGAAGUGGCUGUAACCCCCGAAGGGGAAAUGGCUGAUCCCACCCAGCGGGCGUUAGCUACACCUGGCAGAGACCCUCAACAAUUGUCUGCUACGUGGGACAGAAUUGCUCCCCAACAAGCGGCUCCUACACACGGCAGAUGCCCCCCACAGGUGGCUCCUUUCCCAGUCAGAGCCCUCCAGCCAGUGACCUACCCUCCGGCCAGACCUAUUCCUGAAGCAGUCAUGGAAUCAGAUGCUGUACCUGGGACAUCUCAUUCUGCACCACUGAGGCUGGUCAGGGGCAAUCCUCAGAGACGCCCGGCUGUGUCCAAUAACUCGGGGGGCCCUAACCCGAAAAAGAAGAAGGAGGAAGACCUUUCUCCAAAGCAUGCAGGGGCCGCCCAAAAAGUUCAUGAGAUCAUGCAGGAAUUAAUAAAUGUAGACACCAUUAUACAGAAUGAGGAAGCAGAAAUAAGACGGAGGCAGUUGAUUAUAGAAACUCUUCUCUCUGUCAUGCAAGCUAAAUGCAAGGAGCUCGAUGCGUUGAUUGAGAAUUAUGAUAAUGGUGUGAUUAGAAGUUCUAGACAGUACUCUAACAGCGCUAGCCGCAGCGUGCAGGGCGGGGGCGCUCUGGCAGACAACGCUUCCUCCCCACGGUCUGCUCACUCCGGUGAGGGGUUGGGAGGAGGGGAGGGGGGUGAUGGAUCCUCCUCAACUCCCCUCCAAGUCUCUGAUGACUCUGAUAGGGUGGAGGAAGAGGAGAGGGAUGCAGGCUCCCCACCCCCUCCCCUUUUACAUUCAGGAAUUGUUUACAUAGUAUAUACUCUAAAGAAUUGUAUUUUUGUACACUGCAGAAUAUCUCCUGAGGAAGAUCCAAUUUUGAAACGUUGUUAUAUAAUCCGGAGACGGCGUUGAUGAUG